AUGGAAGCAGCAGUGGUUAGGGCGAAUGAACGGAGGACACAACUCGAGUUCAGAGACGCAGAAUGGCCAUGGUCGCAGAUGAAGCUUGGUGAUUGCAAGGAACAAGAUGAAGUCGUACUCUUCUCUUCGUCAAACGUGACUUCAAAACACACAGAAAGAGUUGGAUCAGGGAAAGAAUCAGAAGCCGGGGGGCGUGGUAAGAGACGAGUUGAGAGACUAAGCGCAACAACAAAGCGAAAUGCUUCCCGUGGCUUCAAGGACUUUUCCUUGGGUUGGACUAUCGGUUUCCUCUUUGUCGCCAGCUUUCUUGGUCUCUUCUCUGUUGUUCCCCUGCGAAAGAUAAUGGUAAUAGACUUCAAACUAACAUACCCAAGUGGUACUACAACUGCUCAUCUUAUCAACAGCUUCCAUACCCCUCAAGAUUCCUCUCCUGUAGCUUCUUUUGGAGUUUCUUCUAAUGGUUCUUCACUGAAGGAGAGAAUUGUGGGUUCUCAAAUUUCCCAUCAUUUGGACUCAAAGCUGACCAAUACAAGUUCUACUUUGAUUUUCAGCAACAUAUAUGUGGGUGCUGGGAUGAUAUACCCAUACAUAAUCAACAUCUCUGUUCUCUUGGGAGGACCUCAAAUCGCAGCUGCAAGAGUUGAAUCCGGAACAAUAGGUAAAAGCUUUGUGAUUGGUGGGAUGAGAGGGAUGACUGGAUUGCUCUGGGAAACCUCAUUGCUUGACCCGGAAGAGCUUCGAGGAACUACAAGAACAUCAUUCACCAUCGAAGAAGACCCAACUGGUUCUCCAUUUAGCCCAAAACAAUCAUACGAUGACCAGCGUCGUACAAGGUUCUUCCUCAAACACCAAAUCCCCACUUGGUUUGCUAUCGGAAGUUACAUCAUCACUACAGCGAUAAAAAUCCCUCACAGUUUCUCUGACUUGGCCCCAGUCACCGAACCUUAA